AUGGCCAUUCAUUUCACUCUAUUACUAUCUAGACAAGGAAAAGUCAGAUUGUCCAAAUGGUAUCAAGCAAGUUCGCAGAAGGAACGCGCCAUAAUCACCAGAGAGUUGACCACCCUUAUAUUGUCGAGACGAGCCAAGAUGUGCAACAUUCUCGAAUAUAAGGAUAUGAAAAUUAUAUAUCGUCGUUAUGCGUCUUUGUUUUUCAUCAUGGGCAUCGAUUCGCUGGACAACGGUUUGUUGGCAUUAGAGAUAAUACAUAGGUAUGUGGAGCAGAUGGAUAAGCUCUAUGGCAAUGUUUGCGAGCUAGAUAUCAUCUUUGGCUUUUCGAAAGCCUAUCAUAUACUCGAUGAGCUUAUACUUGACGGCCAUGUUGCGGAGUCUUCCAAGAAAGAGGUAGUCAAGAAAGUUACGCAGCAAGAUGAAUUAGAGCACAUGGACGAAUUCGAGAAUAUCUUGGUUUAG